CUUCCUCUCUCUUCCCUCACUCAGGCUGUUCCUUCGUUUACAGAGCUGCGCUCUAUCUCUCUCGUUCCAAUCGCACGUUUGUUGCCGUCGAUCUUUUCAUCAUGAAGUCCUUCGUUACUCUUUCUCUCCUUGCCACUGCGCUGGCUGCGCCCACUCCGACUCUGCAUGGGCGUCAAUUCGACCUCUCUUCUUUGCUGUCCGGGUCCAGCUCUGGCUCCAGCACCUCCUCUGGAUCUAGUGGUCUGAGUGCCCUGGCCUCGCUGUUCCCAACCAGUGGCUCGGCGACCGGCAGCACCACCGGCUCUUCCGACACCAGUGGCAGCGCUAGUGGGAGCACCACUGGCACCACCACUACCAGCACCGACAGCAGCAGUGGCCUGAGCUCUAGCACUCAGAACGGAGUCACCUCCAGCACCGGCUGCAAGGAGCUGACCUUCAUUUUCGCGCGUGGAACCACGGAGAUGGGCAACAUGGGCAGCGUGGUCGGCCCCGAGGUCGCCUCGGCCCUGCAGUCACUGACUGGCAACAAGGUGACGGUGCAGGGUGUGGACUACCCCGCCGACUGGGCCGGCAACAUGAACAUGGGCGCCUCUGGCGGCCCCAAGAUGGCCAGCCUGGUCAAGCAGGCGCUGAGCCAGUGCCCCAACACCAAGGUCGUGCUGGGCGGCUACUCGCAGGGCUCGAUGGUGGUGCACAACGCCGCCAGCUCGUUGAGCGCGGGCCAGAUCCAGGCCGCUGUCCUGUUCGGUGACCCGCUCAAGAUGACCUCGGUCGGCAAGCUCGACUCCAGCAAGGUCAAGGAGUUCUGCGCCGUCGGCGACCCCGUCUGUGAGAACGGUGUCAAUGUCAUGGCUCACUUGUCUUAUGGAAGCGAUGCGCAGACGGCCGCGCAGUUCCUGGUAAGUGCCGUCGGGCUUUCUUAG